AUGCAACAGAGAGUAGGAAGGUCCAUAGCCAGGGCUAAAUUUAUAAACUCGGCGUUAUUAGGAAGGAAGAGAUCAGUCAUGGAGAAAAUCGUCGAUGUAGCGGAUUUAGAUUCAAGUAAAGCAAUCCAACCUUUGAUGAAGGAACUAGAGACCGCCACUACAGAAGCACGGCACAAAGUGCUACAAGGCGUAUUGGAGAUCUACGAUGGUGAAGGCGUUAACAAACCUACUCUCACGAAAGAUUUUCAUAAAAUGUACUUAGAUGUUGCCUUUGAAAUAUCGUUACCUCCACAAAUGACAGCACUAGAUGCUUCUCAACCAUGGAUGCUAUAUUGGAUUGCUAAUUCUUUGAAAGUGAUGGACAAGGAUUGGCUUUCAGAUGACGUCAAAAGAAAAAUCGUGGAUAAGCUAUUUACUAUUAGUCCUUCAGGAGGACCCUUUGGCGGGGGUCAGGGCCAAUUAUCUCAUUUGGCGAGCACUUAUGCUGCGAUUAACGCCCUGUCCCUUUGCGAUAACAUAGACGGAUGCUGGGACAGAAUUGAUCGAAAAGGAAUUUACCAAUGGUUACUAUCUUUGAAAGAGCCUAAUGGAGGAUUCAAGACUUGUUUAGAAGUUGGAGAAGUGGAUACAAGAGGUAUAUACUGUGCAUUGAGCAUUGCAACGCUUUUAAAUAUCUUUACAGAGGAGCUUGCUGAAGGUGUGUUGAACUAUUUGAAAAAUUGUCAAAACUAUGAAGGUGGAUUCGGCAGUUGUCCUCACGUGGACGAGGCGCACGGAGGUUAUACUUUCUGUGCCACAGCCAGUCUAGCUAUUUUGGGGUCUAUGGAUCAAAUAAACGUUGAAAAGCUAUUAGAAUGGUCUAGUGCUCGUCAACUGCAAGAAGAACGAGGAUUUUGCGGAAGAAGCAACAAACUCGUUGAUGGUUGCUAUAGUUUCUGGGUGGGAGGCUCGGCUGCCAUCCUUGAAGCUUUAGGAUAUGGUCAAUGCUUCAAUAAACAUGCUCUUCAGGACUAUAUAUUAUACUGUUGCCAAGAGAAAGAGCAACCUGGCUUGAGAGACAAACCAGGGGCCCACCCAGACUUUUACCAUACAAAUUAUUGCCUAUUAGGACUCGCUGUGACGGAGGCUUCAUACAGUUGCGCUCCUGAUGAUCCUCCACAUUACAUCAAGUGUACUCCAGACCGUCUAAUUGCAUCAUCUGAACUUACCGAUGUCAACCCUGUUUAUGGUUUACCAAUAGAAAAUGUAAAGAAAAUUAUUCAAUACUUUGACUCCAAUUUACCUUCCUAA